UCUGGUAAAGUGGAGGAAAAUACAAUUCACUCUCCUCUAUUGCCUUGUCACAACAUUCACUCGGCGAAUCGACAUGAAGACCUCAGUGGCUGUCGUUGUCGUUUUGAUGGCAUGCGCCGUCUCUGCCCAGUUCCCGGCUGGUUUCAAUUACAAUCCCUUCCUCUACUACCCCUACACCGCCCAACCGGCACCCGUACAGGAAACGGCCGAAGUCGUCGCCGCCCGCGCCACUCACGCUGCUGCUCACGCUUCCGCCAGAGGAUCACGAGUCAUCGCCGCUCAGCCCGUUCCUGUUUGGGGACAACCUGGUGCCGUUUUGGACACUCCCGAAGUUUGGGCCGCUAAAGUCGAACAUUACCGCGCCCAUUCGGCCGCUGCUGCCGCCAACGGAGUCGUUUCGACCCUUCCACCUCUGCAAGUCGUCGGCUGGGGAGUCCCGCAACCCGUUCAAGACACACCGGAAGUAGCUGCAGCUCGUGCCGCUCAUUUGGCCAUCCAUGCUGCUGCCCGCGGUAAAAGAUCCAUCCAAGAUACUCCGGCAGUAAGAGCCGCCACCAUCGAACAUUACCGCGCCUACAAUGCCGCAGCCGCCUCUAAUGGAAUCCCGAUGGCCUAUCUGCCCGCCCGGUAUGGCGCUAUGCCUUGGGCUAUGCCUCAGCCCGUCCAAGAGACUCCCGAAGUAGCCGCAGCCCGUCGUGCUCACAUGGCCGCUCACGCUGUUGCCGCCGCCCGAGUUCCGAAUGUAAUCGCCGUCCAACCGCUUCCUGCUGCGACUCUAGCCAGCAGCCUCCAGCUGGGCAACUCGGUGGCUUCCAUCACGAACGGAUUCGUUUCCACCUUGCCUUCUCGCCUUCCGGCAGUCAGCUGGGCUUUACCUCAACCUGUCCAAGACACUCCCGAAGUUCAAGCGGCCAAAUGGGCCUUCUUCCGCAGUUUCAACGAGGCCUUAUCCCGCUCCGGUUGAAUCAUUCAAAUUCUAAAAUCAACUGACUAACUGACUAACAAAUUUUAAUCAAUUCCUAUUCGCAAAACUAACCCAAUGUUUAAUAUGUCAACUUACGUAAUAGAAUAAUCAUUUCGAA